AGCAGGCAGAGCCCACCCCUGUUGGGAUGCCACCCUCGCCGAGAGCCACAGAGGUGCCCAAGCGAGAGAGGAGCCCUUCCUCCGUCCACGAGCGCUGGGCAAAAAAAUUAGAGCUGGAGUCUCCCGCUCCUGAUGCAGGCCAGGACAUGGACUUGCUGGUACCAUCCCCUGCAGGGGAGUUCCUUGAUGAACCCCUCCAGGACGCCUCCACUGUUCUUGAAGGACUGGAUGUUUCGGGGGAUGGCAUAGGGGAGCUGGAGGAGAGCAUUGCCACCACCUCUGCUGUUGUGCUGAGCUCCUGCCCAGGCAUCCAGAUCGACCCAGCAGUUGAGAAGGAAGAAGAAGCAUCAGUUGUCCCUAAGAAGUCCUCCUCACAGAGGCCCUCCAGCUUGGGGAAAGAUCUGGGGGCAGCAGAAGGCCCAUCACAAAGCUCUCCAGACCCUGGGCAGGCUUUGUCCCUGCUCUCUUCUUCCCCAAUGGCCUCCAUCAGCACCUUCAGCUUUGAGCCCCUCAGCAGCCCUGAUGGGCCAGUGGUCAUCCAGAACCUGCGGAUAACUGGGACCAUCACUGCCAGAGAGCACAGUGGGACUGGUUUCCACCCCUACACCCUCUAUACUGUCAAGUACGAGACAGCCCUGGAGAGCGAGAGCGCGAGCGCGAGCAGCCUCCAGCAAGUGGCUUAUCACACCGUGAACCGCCGCUACCGCGAGUUCCUCAACCUCCAGACAAGGCUGGAGGAGAAGCCGGAGCUCCGCAAGCUCCUCAAAAAUAUUAAAGGCCCAAAGAAAUUGUUCCCUGAUCUCCCAUUUGGAAACAUGGACAGUGAUAAAGUGGAAGCCAGGAAAAGUCUGCUGGAAUCUUUCUUAAAGCAAUUGUGUGCAGUGCCUGAGAUUGCCAACAGUGAGGAGGUGCAGGAGUUCCUGGCCCUGAACACUGAUGCCAGGAUUGCCUUUGUCAAGAAGCCUUUUGUUGUCUCCAGGAUAGACAAGAUCGUUGUCAAUGCCAUUGUGGACACCCUGAAGACAGCAUUCCCCAGGUCAGAGCCCCAGAGCCCCACAGAGGAUCUCAGUGAGUCUGAAGUGGAUGGGAAACCUCAGACAGAUGGGAAGAAGGGCAACAAGUCCAGGCUGAGGUUCUCCUCCAGUAAAAUUGCUCCAGUGCUGAGUGUGAGUGAAGCACAGGACAGGAUCGUGUACUCCAUCAGGGAGGGCAGCUCUGUCUCUGGCACCCUGUCCCUGGCUGCUAUGGACUCCUUCAUCCAGAAGCAGGAGAAGCUGCUGGAGGCAGGCCCCAGGAAAGGCCCUGAAGGCGAGGGAGGCAGAAAAGCAAAGGAGAGCUCCAUACAGGAUGAGAAAGAUGGGACGGGCACAUUGGAGCAGGGGCAACAUCCUGACACAGGCUCUGACUCGGAGACAGCUUUGGCUGACCUGGCCCUGGAUGUGCUUCGCCUGCUGCUGAUGGAUCACUGGAGCUGGCUGUGCACAGAGAACAUCCAGAAGGUCUUUCACCUGCUCUUUGGGACCCUCAUUCAAAGGUGGCUGGAAGUGCAGGUAAUGAACCUGACCUGCACCCAGCGUUGGGUCCAGUACCUCCAGUUGCUGCAGGAAUCCAUCUGGCCUGGAGGGGUGUUACCAGCAGUGCCCAAACCAGCCAGGACAGAGGAACAGAAGAAAGCAGCAGCAGAGCAGGCCCUGCAGAGCCUCAUGGGCAUCUUGCCCAAUGUGAUCCAGGAAAUCCUUGGAACCAGUAAAUGUAGGAUGAGCUGGAAUGUGGUCCUGGAGUCCCUGAGCCAGCCUGUCAUCAAUAAGCACCUGGUUUUCUGCCUCUUGGACAUUCUGCUGGAGUUCUUGGUUCUGAAGGGCUCCAGUGAGGAGCUUGGGACCUCAUCUGUGUCACCAUCAGCCUCCAGUGGCCUGGACAAAGCACAUUGA